GGAAGAGGUUCUUUACUCAGAGGGUGGUAAGGCCCUGGCACAGGUUGACUAGAGUAGCUGUUGUUGGGGAGAGUAGGGUUGGAACUAGAUGACCUCUACGGUCCCUUCCAACCCAAACCUUUCUAUGUUUCUAUGAAACUUUGGACAGUGGCAUUUCAGUGGCAGUGGAUUGCAAAUCGCCAGGAAACGGUGAAGUUUUCAGUUUUGCCAGGCACAGGUGCCUGCACUACUGGUCUGAGGCCAAGCAAGAUGUUCUCAAAUGGUGGAAGGAAGUGUGGAUGCUUCUUGUUAGAUACCCAUUGAUUGUGCCCUUCCUUACUGCCCUUCCCAAACUCUUUUUACACAUUGAAUCAUUUUGCAUCUUGUGAGAAUAGACUAUCUUAUUACCAUUUUCCAGAUAGGAAGUCAGACACAAAGGUGUUGAGGCUGAGAUUGUGGAACGUAAUCAGGGAUCUGCCUCCUAUUUAGGUGCUUCUUCUCCCCUCUUCACCCCCGGGCUGUAGGUCUGGGUAGGAAUUAAGUGUGCAGGUGCUCUGGAAGAUGUGGGGUUACAUGACUUAUUUCAGAUAGGAUGUUGAGCAACUUUCAGGAAGAGACUUGACCCCAGGUGUUCUGAACUGCAGUGCAAAGCAUUGAAAUGGCCUUUCUCCCUGUUGGAAUAAAGGCUGAGUAAUUGAGCUCAUACAUCAAAGAGAAUUGGUACUAUAUCUUCAGAGAAGACAGCUAGGAGAAGAAAAGAGUGGAAAGCUCUGAGGCCAAGUGUCAAACCCUGCUGUAAGGAGAAGCUGUAGAGCUGUACUGGGCCUGGCCAAGGGACAACUGGCCUUGUACCUCUGCCAGAACAGACCCCAUGGCACAUACUCUUUCUCUGGAAAACAUCGCUCUCAUCUCUGAGGUCAGGAGGCAGGGAGCCAAAGAGGUGGUAUAUAUUGGCUGCACCUGAAAGCAUGUUGGAGAAAGAAGUUUGUCUUCUAGCCUUGGGCUGUCCACUCCUAUCUCCCCCCCGAUCUGGGGGCUCAGGGCCUCCAGGUUUAAGAGAACUGGAUCUUGUGGGCUUGGGAGAAGGAGGAAGCAGCCACGUCAAGACGCUCAGCAUCCAAAUCUAACCAGACAAUGAGAAGACAAGGUUGAGGUCUGCUCCUCCUGCUCUUUUUUUCAUCUGCAUCAGGAUUGCUGUCAUCAGAGGCACUAUACAAAAUGACCAGUGCAAAGAGAUGGAGUCUACAGCAGACAAGUGGGUGAAGCUGACAGACAACGGGGAAUGGGGCUCUCAUUCUGUAACUUUGAAAUCAGGUAGUAAUAUAUUAUACUGGAGAACAACAGGGAUUCUCAUGGGGUCCAAGGUGGUAAAACCAGUUCUGGUGAAAAACAUCACAAUUGAAGGAGUUGCAUAUACAUCUGAAUGCUUCCCAUGCAAGCCUGGAACCUUCAGCGACAAACCAGGCUCAUCCGGCUGCCAAGAGUGUCCAAGAAAUACUUAUUCUGAGAAAGGAGCUAAAGAGUGCAUCAAAUGUAAAGAAGAAAUCUAUUAUGCAGAUGAGGGAUCCAGUGUGUGUAUAGAGCGUCCUCCAUGCACAAGCAAAGACUUUUUCCAGAUCCACACCCCAUGUGAUAAAGAAGGAAAAACUCAGAUCAUGUACAAAUGGAUUGAACCCAAGAUCUGCAGAGAGGAUCUCCCUGAUGCAUUGACUCUACCUCCUUCUGGAGAGAGGAAGGAUUGUCCACCCUGCAAUCCUGGCUUCUACAGCAAUGCCUCGUCUUCCUGUACUCCUUGCCCACAGGGCACGUUUUCAGAUGGUACACAGGAGUGCAGAGCCUGCCCUGCUGGGACUGAACCAGCUCUUGGCUUUGAGUACAAGUGGUGGAACAUCCUGCCAAGCAACAUGAAGACUUCUUGCUUUAACGUUGGCAACUCAAAGUGUGAUGGGAUGAAUGGUUGGGAGGUGGCUGGUGACCACAUCCAGAGUGGGGCAGGAGGCUCUGAUAAUGACUACCUUAUCUUGAACCUGCACAUCCCAGGAUUUAAACCACCGACAUCAGUGACAGGAGCAACUGGGUCAGAACUAGGACGGAUUACUUUUAUUUUUGAGACCAUCUGUUCAGCAGAUUGUGUGCUGUACUUUAUGGCGGAUAUUAAUCGAAAAAAUACGAAUGUGGUGGAAUCAUGGGAAAGAAGUAAAGAGAAACAAUCCUACACUCACAUCAUCUCCAAAAAUGCUUCCUUCACGUUUACCUGGGCAUUUCAGAGAAUAAACGAGGGCCAAGAUAGCAGGCAGUUCAUCAAUGACAUGGCAAAGAUCUACUCCAUCACGGUGACCAACGCGGUGGAUGGAGUCUCCUCUUCUUGCCGGGCCUGUGCACUAGGCUCCGAGCAGUCGGGCUCGUCCUGCGUGCCCUGCCCGCCAGGACACUACAUCGAAAAGGAGACCAGCCAGUGCAAGGAGUGUCCGGCCAACACCUUCCUGUCCAUCCACCAGGUCUAUGGCAGGGAGGCCUGCAUCCCAUGCGGGCCUGGCAGCAAGAGCAACAAGGACCACUCUGCUUGCUUCAGUGACUGCACGGUGUCAUACUUCAAGGAUAACCAGAGCCUGAAUUAUGAUUUUAGCAACCUCAGCCAGGUGGGCUCGUUAAUGAGCGGGCCCAGCUUCACCUCCCGUGGGACCAAGUUCUUCCACUUCUUUAACAUCAGCUUGUGUGGCAAUGAGGGGAAAAAGAUGGCUAUUUGCAAUGACAAUAUCACAGAUGUUACUCUGAAGGACAUGGUUGCAGAAUCAGAAGAUUUUUCCAACUUUGUGGGAGCUUUUGUCUGUCAGUCCACCAUCAUUCCUUCAGACAGCAAGGGUUUCCGAACGGCCUUGGCUCUGCAGUCCAACAGCCUUGCUGACAGGUUCUUAGGAGCUACUGUUGAAACAACACUGGAAAAUAUCAGCAUCAAGACAGACUUGUUUCCUCCUUCUCCAAGCAAAGUACCUGAUGUGCAUUUCUUUUACAAGUCUUCAACAGUGACAACCUCCUGUGAAAAUGGUCGUACAACUGUUGUGACAAUGAGAUGCAACCCCAACAAACCGGACCAAGGAGAACUUUCUGUGCCCGGCUCAUGCCCUGCUGGCACCUGUGAUGGGUGCACUUUCUACUUCAUGUGGGAAAGUGCAGAAGCUUGCCCUCUGUGCACGGAGCAAGACUACCAUGAGAUUGAGGGAGCCUGUAAAAAAGGAUUUCAGGAAACCUUGUAUGUAUGGAAUGAGCCAAAGCAUUGCAUUAAAGGGGUUCCCUUGCCAGAGAAAAGAACCAGCACUUGUGAAACGGUGGAUUUUUGGCUAAAGGUUGGAGCUGGUGUUGGUGCUUUCACAGCCGUUUUGCUCAUAGCCUUGACCUGCUAUUUUUGGAAGAAGAACCAGAAGCUGGAGUAUAAAUAUUCCAAAUUAGUGAUGACAGCGAACUCAAAAGAGUGUGAGCUGCCAGCUGCUGACAGUUGUGCUAUAAUGGAAGGAGAAGAUAAUGAAGAAGAAAUAGUAUAUUCAAAUAAGCAGUCACUGCUGGGGAAGCUCAAAUCCUUGGCAACGAAGGAAAAAGACGAUCACUUUGAAUCUGUUCAGCUGAAAUCUUCAAGAUCCCAGAAUAUAUGAAUAAUUAAUGCUGCCUUCAAAGAAACAAACCUGAUUUCUAUUUUUACAGGACCAUAUUUUAAACAUGUUCUGGCACACAUUGUAGUGUUGAUCUCAGUGAGAAAUGCUCAGCCAUUUAGGAAGAAAGAAGACAGAAAGCAAACCAGAAAAUUGGAUUGCCUUAUCACGCGAUUGAGUACCUUGCCAAAAAAGAAAGCAGAUGCUUGGAUUCCAUACUGGGAAUGAAAUUCAACUCAGGAAGAGAUAUACGUACUGCAAAUAACGUGAUUUUUUGCAUUCACCUGAGCAUCACUCAGGCAUGCCAUGUGAUUUAUAGGUACCUUUCAUUUCCUAUCAUUCCUUCUCCACAUAUUCAUAAGAAUGAUUUUCAGAGAGGCUUGAAACCUCCUGCAAAUGUUGUGUAUUGUCCUUUAGCAGCAUAACUGUGAGUCUUUCUUGAAAUGAAAAUUGUGAAUGGUACUGGGAAUGGGCCUCAGGUGAGUGUUGAACUCUGGAGAAUGCUUUUGAUUUUCAUGUUUUGAAGGGCUUGAUGGUCUGCAUUGACCUCUGAUACAAGAGGCAUGGUUUUGCACCUGCAAGUUGAACCCAUUCUGAUGACUAAUCCAUGGCAAUCAGGAUCGGAGUAAAACCUGAUGCCAUUGAAUAUAAAUGUGUUAGCUGAUGUAGUAUAAAUUGCAGAUCUGGGCCCAUGAGUUUACAGGCAAUAGCAGGCUCAAGCUCUAUAAAGACAAGGAAAAUGGUAUCUACAGUGGAAGCGGCAUUCAGUGCUCUCUUUGGAAGCUUGUCCUUUUAAGAGAGGUUGGUGGCAGUUUCACUCCCCUCCCUUGGGCUGCCAAUAUGCCACCUUCCCAUAGACUGCAAGCCAGCAAAGGCUGAACUCUGGAAGUAAGGCAAGAAUCUCUACUUUUGGAGAUCAGGGAUCAGCUUUAUCAGCUAAGGGGCUUAUUAGAAAUACUCAGCCACCUCUGCUUCUGGACCUGGGCAAGGAAUGAGGAUGUAUGCCCAGGGGAGCUGAGCGUGGCUUGUGCACUUAUGCAGCUCAGCAUCUAAAUGCUUUCUGCUGUCAAUGCAAGUACCUGCUUGGAAAGGAGGGCACAACAUGUUGCCCUGAAAACUGGAGGCUAGGUGGACUUCAUAAAGUCAGCCACUUUGUAAGCAUGAGAUCUUCAUAAUGCCCACCCUAAUCAUUUCCUGAAAUUCCUGCUGAAGUCAGACUCAAAGGAAUCUGAAAAUUAGGCAAAAAAUAUUUAGGAAAAAAUAUACAAGACUUGUAUAGAGCCUGGAGAAAAUGAGGAACCCAUCUUAUGCUGACCUCCGGUCAGACUCGUAUUUCCGUUCCUGUAAAAUUAUGUGAAUUGUGGAAUGCAUCAAAGCCAAAAGAGACACAUGGUCAGAAAUGGUCUUUUUACAAUAAGGAAUAGAGAUUUUUUGGUUUUAUAUGACUGAGCUACAUCUAUCUAUAAAAGAAGGCCCUAUUAAGUAAAAUUUAAAUUAAACUGAAUUUUCUGCACUCCGAAUAUUUUAUUAUACUACAGAUGUGGACGAAAAAUUUAUGAAGUUUAGAUUUUUUUUUUUGUUUCUUUAGGGAAAAUUCAGCUCAUCUUUUUUAUAUCUCCUGUCACAGAACACGGGCUUUACUCUUUUGAUGGAAGAUACUUCAGGCAUCUUUACAGAAGUGGUGUACAUUUUUUGUUGUUCUUGAAAAGGCACUUCACUUUCCCAACAAAGAUUUUUAUGGGGUAUUGUUGAAUGUAUAUUAAAUACACAUUCCUUUUUGUAUAUUUUGUAUCAUUGCACACUUAUUAUUGUACAUUGUGUUUGUCGUCAUGAUGUCAUUUAUAUAUGGUUGUCAGAGAUGAUAUGCUCACGGAGUAAAUGGUCAUGGCUUUGGGACUUCACUUCUUGGAUCUUUUAUGAAGAGGGUUUUUAUGUCGUUGAUUUUUAUUCAACCAGUGUGCUGUAGCAUCAAAGAUAUAUAUCUGAUGGGCAUUCAUAAAAUAAAGUGAAAAUAUAUUUGAAA